GCCCGGGGCAUGCCGGGAAGAGCAAAGUUCCGUUUCCGGCGAGGGACGGACGCCGGAGUCUCCCGCGCGCGCUGGGGCCCCGCGUGAGCGAGUGGACGCGGAACGGGACCGGCCUUGGUUGGGACACGGAGAGGGGACACCCUGCCCCUCCCCCGGAAGCAGCACCCGUGACCCGGAAGCAGAACCGGGCCCCGUAGGGGAGACGUCGCCAUGUCCCUCAUAUGCUCGAUCUCCAAUGAGGUGCCAGAGCACCCCUGCGUGUCUCCGGUCUCAAACCACGUCUAUGAGCGAAGACUGAUUGAAAAGUACAUUGCGGAGAAUGGGACUGACCCAGUGAAUAACCAGCCGCUGUCUGAAGAGCAGCUGAUCGACAUCAAAGUUGCCCACCCAAUCCGGCCCAAGCCACCCUCGGCCACCAGCAUCCCGGCCAUUCUGAAAGCCCUUCAGGAUGAGUGGGAUGCCGUCAUGCUGCACAGCUUCACGCUCCGCCAGCAGCUGCAGACCACCCGCCAGGAGCUGUCGCACGCACUGUACCAGCACGAUGCUGCCUGCCGCGUCAUUGCUCGUCUCACCAAAGAGGUCACCGCUGCCAGAGAAGCAUUGGCGACUCUAAAACCCCAGGCUGGCCUCAUAGUCCCCCAGGCUGUGCCAUCUUCCCAGCCCAACAUCACGGGUGCUGGCGAGCCAAUGGAUCUGGGAGAGCUGGCGGGCAUGACCCCGGAGAUCAUCCAGAAGCUUCAAGACAAAGCCACGGUGCUGACCACGGAGCGUAAGAAGAGAGGCAAGACAGUUCCAGAAGAGCUGGUGAAGCCGGAGGAGCUCAGCAAGUAUCGACAGGUGGCGUCACAUGUGGGCUUGCAUAGCGCUAGCAUCCCAGGGAUCCUUGCUCUGGACCUCUGUCCUUCCGACACCAACAAGAUCCUCACCGGCGGGGCGGAUAAAAAUGUCAUUGUCUUUGACAAGAGCUCGGAGCAGAUCCUGGCGACUCUCAAAGGGCACGCCAAGAAGGUCACCAGCGUAGUGUUCCAUCCGUCUCAGGAGCUGGUGUUCUCUGCUUCUCCCGAUGCCACUAUCCGGAUCUGGUCGGUCCCAAGCGCCACUUGCGUGCAGGUUGUCCGGGCCCAUGAGAGCGCUGUGACAGGGCUGAGUUUGCAUGCCACGGGCGACUAUCUCCUGAGCUCCUCUGAUGACCAGUACUGGGCUUUCUCUGAUAUCCAGACGGGCCGUGUGCUCACCAAGGUCACAGAUGAGACCUCUGGCUGCGCUCUCACCUGUGCUCAGUUCCACCCUGAUGGGCUUAUUUUUGGGACGGGGACUAUGGACUCUCAAAUCAAGAUCUGGGACUUGAAGGAACGCACCAAUGUGGCCAACUUCCCAGGGCACUCUGGUCCCAUCACCAGCAUCGCGUUCUCAGAGAAUGGCUACUACCUGGCCACGGCCGCUGACGACUCCUCCGUCAAACUCUGGGAUCUGCGCAAGCUCAAGAACUUCAAGACGCUGCAGCUGGACAAUAACUUUGAGGUGAAGUCCCUCAUAUUUGACCAGAGCGGUACCUACUUGGCCCUGGGUGGCACGGACGUCCAGAUCUACAUCUGCAAGCAGUGGACGGAGAUCCUCCACUUCACAGAACACAGUGGCCUAACUACAGGUGUGGCCUUUGGCCACCACGCUAAAUUCAUUGCUUCCACGGGCAUGGACAGGAGCCUGAAGUUCUACAGUCUGUAGCCUCUUUUCCUAGGAUCUCAGGGGAUGGGCUGUGUCCUUUACUGUAGUGUUUGGAUUACUGGGGGGAGAUAACAUGGGUGGGUGGGGUUAUCAUUGCUUUAUUUUGAGGUAUUGGGGGAGGCCAGCCUAGUGCACCCUGUUCCCUGUGCUCAAAGGCUUUGUCUUUCCAGCUUAGAUUCUGUUCUGUGAUUGUAACAAAUGAAAUGGAACCAAACCCCUCCACUGACAGACAGCUGUGAAUGAGAGACUGGGUGGGGGAAAAGAGUGGGGUGGCGUAGGAAUGGGAGAGAAGGGGGGGAUGGGGAAAUGUGCAUUUUUUUUGUAAGCAGCUAUCUACUUUCAUUAAAAAAGAUAAAAAUAAAGGAUGUUGAACCCUCAUGGGGUGUGGGAGUUGUGUGUACCUCCUCCCUGAUGAGCUGUGAGGUGGCACAUGCUGGGGAAAAAGCCUGUAGAGCAAGGGCUUGAGCAAGGGGAUCUAAGGAUAAGAGAUACUAUCCACGUCAUCAGAAUCCCUUCUGAGUGCUCCUAGUGCUGUUUGAAUAGUGAUGACUGGAAGAGAGGUGGGAGCCUACAUAGGGUCAGUAUGCCCUGCCCCCAUCUUGCUUCAGUUCUCAGCUGAUGAGUAAAGUCUUGGUACCUCGAUGAGUUGUGAAAUUAUCAGCCUCCUUUGAGGUUGUGGGAUAGCACUGGACUUGCUGUAGCUUCUUUUACAAACAGGCUCUUGCUGUUUCUCACGUGGCCCUCAGCUAGUGAUCUCCAAAUGCCUUUAAGAAUAUGAAUCCUCCCCAGUUCUCUGCAAAGUAGGUACGGAACGUAUCACAAUCCCAUGUUACAGCAAGGGCAGAAAACAUGACAGAAGUCAUGUAGCAGGGCUGGGAGUACCAGGCUGCAGGCCUGAAGCCCUAGCCCUUGAUCUAACCACCAGAUCAAGCCCCACAGCAAUUCACAGAAUUUAGUUUUGUUGCAGUUUGAACACUAAAGAUGAAAUGGGUCAUUUUAGUGGGGUUUGAAAAGGAUUUGUCAAAAGGUGGCCCUGCUGGAGCCCAGGACUAGUACCCCUGCCUCUGUUUCCCUAGAAAUAGUACUUAAAGACUUUCCAAAUGUGCAUAACCCUUGCAGGGUUAAUUUAUUACAAGAAACCACCACAGGAGUCCAGAAUUCCCCCUACACAGUCCAAAUUGUAUCUGCAACACACCAAGUACGGUGCUGGUCUCUCACCCUGCUCAGACUCCAGGGCAGCUCUGGUGUCUCAUCACACUUCAUGCCCAGCUUUCAGCCUCACGUGGCUCUGAGUGGGAGCCAGCUUACCCUGUUGCUGCCUUCAGCCUCCUCUGGUGCAGGAAGAGCAGCAGGUCCAGCCCCUCCACUGGCUUCUUGACACUUCCUCCCUCUCCGAGGAGGGUCUGCAGUGAGCAUUCCCUGGAGACCUCUUGCCCAUUUCCUGAUUGCCUGUCCGCAGGCCUGCCACCAUUUAUAUAGUCUAUGUGCCCUCUCUUAAAACUCACUUAGGAAGCAGGUCAUUAGCUACAGGUGUGCUGGCUUCUCCCCUCAGAGGAGUCACUGGUACCACUUCAGCAGCUGCCUUUUCCUUAGAGUGGAUCUGCUCAGCACCUCUGUGUGUGAAAGCCAGUGAGAUCCUUGCCUCAGUCGUAGCUGCAGGCAUGGUUGAAGGAGCUCUAUUCAAACACCCAUCUCGCUAUCAAAGCAGUGUCUCAAGCAGCGGUUAGGGCUAGAUCCUGCUGUGAAGCAAGAAUCAGUCCUACCCUCCAUCUUAUUCAGUAUUGGUAUGAAGCCAACUGGGGUGCUGUGAAGAUUCUAAUCUUCUUCCCAGCAGCUGUAAGCAGCACCAUUUUGCAGGGCUCAGCUUCUUGGGGGAGGCUCACAGGAGACAGAACCUUCCCUGGAGCCAGCUUGAGAAUAAGAAACUUGCUGGGACCUGAAAUAAUUUGUACUUGCAUUACAGCAGCACCACGAGGCUCCCACUGAUCAGGGCCACAUUGCAUGAGUCUGUGCCAUGCUCAGCAAGAGACCCUGCAACUGAAGUGUGGAAUUUCCAGAAGGUCCUGAGAUGGUUGGGUGCCUAAGGCCCAGGGAGAAUCAAUGCGGGGCCCUGGAAAACCCCAGUCUAAUUCAACAAGCCAGGUAGUGCAAGAAAUGCAGCAUCAUUCCACGUUGGUAAGAUGAGGAUCAGACACACUUGCCCAAGAUCUCAUAGUGGUAAAGGUGAGCAGUUGACCCUCUAUCUCUUGCCUUCCACAGCUGCCUCUUACCCACAGGAUUUCAUCUCUCUAACUUUGCCAGGACUGCUCUUUAUGCCUUUUUUUUUUUAAACCUCCAGAAUUGGCAGGUUGUGUUUCAAAACCCCAGCCCAUUACUCUGUGACAACACCCUACCUCACACAUCCUGGAACUGUCCCCUGCCCUGUACUCUGUUCAGAAGACCAUCAUAAACCCUGCCCUGCUCACAUGGACACCUAGUUAUCCUCAAGUGCAAAGCCAGGCCUAGUUGUUUACAAGCACACCAUCAGCUAAGCUUUCAUGAUAGGUCUGCAGGAAGGUUGGUAGAACAAGGCUGACCCCGUUUUAAAACCAUUGCUCGCAGACCUCUUGGACAGAUGAUGGCAUCUGACCUGUUUAUUAAUCAAUCAUAGAUCACUGUGAUACUUGCACUGAGGUGGGUGUUUUCAGUUAUGGUGCCCCAACUGUGGAGGGCAGUGUUGCUACAUCAGUGCUAAUAGUUAGUUCUAGGGAACCAUGAGUGGCUAAUGUUUGACCAGCCUCUAUGGUAGCCUGGUGGAAGAGUUGAAUAAGCAGCACGGUUCUGGGUGGGCGUAGAGUGAGUGGAAGACAGCCCUCUCCUCAUUUCUUCAGGAAGGUUUUUAUGGUUGUUUCCCUACAACCUUGACCAGCAGUUUCUGCUAUAGGGAUUGCACUCACUAUCCUCUAUAAAACCAUCACUGCAUUCUAGUAUACAUAGAAUUAAAGGCCAGAAUUAGAGCUAGUCUGACCUCCAGUAUGUGUCAGACCAUUAAAUGUCACCUAGUUACUUCUAGAUGUAAAGCCCUGGGUGCAUACAAGAUUUUUCUCAUUAAAUCCACAAAAAUGGCCUGCAAGUAUCUAUCCUAUGGAGCUCAAUAACUUGCUUCACUAAAGUCUAACUUCUAGAAAGAGGUCCAUCUAAUCUUGAGAUGAAGACAGAGGGAUGCUGUAGCAUCAAAUGUUUCCUUCUAGGCCCCUUGAGUUGGGGAGCAGAAUUAGAGUUCAUUUGAGGCAGACCAUGGAGAAUAAGAAGACUGGGAGGGAUAGGGUCCAAACUAUCCACCCUCCACAUCUCUUGUCCUGGAGAAAGGCUCUUCUGAAGUUCCUCAUUGGAGCUGGGAGCUGAAGGUGGCUCUUCCUACUAUCUCCACAUUCCUCCCCACGUUUGCAACCUAGCCUGGGCAUGGACACUAUUGCUGGCUACCUUAGCACACCCGUAGGAAGUUGUGACACCCAGGAAAA